GGGAGUGUCAUAUAUCAAUCUGUUGAUUUCAUUGGCUGAGUAAUAAAGAAACUGCUGGCCCUGAUAGGUUAUAAGAUAGGUGGGCGGAAUAAACAGAAUAGAAUUCUGGGCGGAAGAGGAAGUGAGGUCAGACUCUGCUCUGCUCCCGGAGAGACCCGACAGCUCUGCUGGAGCAGAGACGCCAUGCUCAGCUCUCCCAGGCAGCUGCAACCCACGAUGGACUUAGGCUAGAAUCUUUCCGGUAAGCGCACCUUGGGGUGCUUACACGCAUUAUUAGAAAUGGGCUAGACCAGGUGCGAGAAUUAGCCUAUAAGGGCUAGAGUAUGGGCCAAGCAGUUCUUUAAAUGAAUACAGUUUGUGUGUUGUUAUUUCGGGCAUAAGCUAGCCAAGCGGCCGGGGUGUUGGGGACGCAGCCCCGCCGCCGCUCCUAUUUCAACAGAUGGUGCCCAGACGUGAGGCUAACUGAAUCCACAAAAAGCCUGAGAAAGCUUGGGAAAGAAUGGAGUGAAGCAUGUUUUCUUGGUAGCAGAAAUUUCUUGGGUCUACUCUGCUUGCUAGAGGCAAGCAAGCGCUCUCAUCUAAGAGAGGCUUCCUGACUCAGCUUCAGCUGCAAAACCCUGCAGCUCAUUAAGAGGUCCUGCCACGAAACACUUAAAUGGUGUUGACGAAAAGCUGAACGCAUGCUUUUCGGUUUUCAGCUAUAGCAGGAAAAAAGCUGCGCCGUUUAAAAAUGCUGGCUUUUUGGGCCGUCCUGCCAGGGCAAACUCUGACUGAGGCAGGAGAGCCAACUACCGAGAGACGACUUGACUGUUGUCUGUUGUAGCUCGCUGGCUGGCAGGGACCUUGAAACGCCAUAGAAUUGUGUCUAUAAACAAGGCUACAGCCUGUAUCUCCGCCAUGAGGCUGGAAAGCUAAGGAAUGGACUGGAUCUAGCUGGCAAAGCCACGGCUUUAAUCCUACUCAUAUUGCUCAGUAAUUUACAGACUCAUGUGGUCAGAAAAACAGAGAGAUAUACAGUAAAGAGAUUCAAAGAUAAAGAAAAUGUUUAAAUGAUUUACAGUGUGUUAGAAAUAUAUGCAAGCUAAAAGUUAAAAGUUUUUAAAAAAAAAGUAAGAAAAAGAGAAGUUGUGUGUGGUAGUACACGCCUUUAAUCCCAACACUUGGGAGGCAGAGGGAGAUUGACCUCUGUGACUUCAAGGUGUGGUAGCACACGCCUUUAAUCCCAGUGCCUAGAAGGCAGAGACAAACAGAUCUCUGUGAGUUCAAGGUGUGGUAGCAAACACCUUUAAUCCCAAUGCCUGGGAGGCAGAGACAGGCGGAUCUCUGAGAGUUCAAGGAGAGCCUGGUCUACAGAGUUAUUCCAGGUCAAAGAGAUGCAGAGAAUAUAAAAUAAAAGUAAAAAUAAACGAAAUAGAGGUUAAAAUAAAGCGUACAAAGAUGGAAAAUACACAGAGAAUCUUGAUACUGUAUACUAUUAUGCUCUCUUUGAAUUGUUUGAAUGCUGAGGAAGGAGCAACAGCUGCCAAAAGAUAUUUGUUUAUAAAUGCUGCUGAACUAAUCCAUCGUAGAGAUUUUGAUGCCUUGACUUUGAAAUUUGGAUCUAAGGACAUGAUGCUUUCGAAAGGAGUUUCCUAUUUUGUUUUCACAGAGGAUGAGACCCUGUUCAUUUCUUCUAUUCCGAUAUGGUAUGAUGGACCACGCCCUCCUGAACGGUUGCUGUGAAUACCUUCAGAAAAUUGCUUCGCUCAACUGCCAACUGAGAUGAAACUAGCACACAGGUUAUACCAUGAAAGACCUAAUUAACGACGCCCCCAUUCAGCAGGAAGCAGUUUGGAGAGAAAAAACUGCGCCCAUGUUCCCAAAUAUUGUUUAUAAAUGUUCUUUUACAUUUAAAGGGGGAGAUGAUAUAGGUAUGAAUAAUUUACAUUGAUAUGGAUUUUGCUUUAGUGAUUUAAAUUUAAGGUUAAUUUUGUAAUGUAUAUAGGUUGUUAAUGAAUAAUCAUUAAUAAUAGUUAAGUUUGUAGUCAUGUUAGUUAAGAUUUUCUAGAUGUGCAUAGAUAUAUUUUAGAUAGGCAUUCUUCAUAUUUUUCAAAGAUUAUAGAAUAUGGCAUUUUAAAUGUUUUAAUAACUUAGGACUUUUCAUGACAAUGAGACACUCUGCUCCUGGCAGCACCAAUCUACUUCAAGAGGAAGAUGGGCAUCGAAGAGGAUCCUUAUGGAGUUUGAUAGCCAUUUGGGCAAGAAACUGCUCUUGCCUGGACUAUUGCAUAAACUGGACACAGAGAACCCGCAGAGAGAGGACUGCUGAACUUGCCUAAAGGUGAGAUGAUCUUUCGGGGUUCCUGAUUCAUGAAAGAGUCUGCAAGACAUUCUUCAGGACAAGCAGAUAGUGACUGCCUUUGAAAGUUCCUGCUUUGUGGAAAUGUCUGCUGGAAACUAUGGGCCUCUAGGCUGAAGAUGGAUGCCCCAACGGUACAGAGGAACUUUGGGUGACUGUCCAGGCAGCGAGAUGUCUCUGUCAUUUCUAGAGUUUGAGAGUUUGCUUAUUUCUUGUUUGUUUAGGUAAUAUUGUAUCUUUCUGGACUCUUUGAUGGAGUUAAGAAUAGUUAGCUAUAGUUAUAGUUUUUCUUAGUUAUGAUAUAGAUUAUUGUAAUUUUUACUUGAUAACUGUUUUGUUAUAUGUAAUUUUGCUAUGUUAAGUUAAAGCCUUUUUUUUUUUGUUUAAACAGAAAAAGGGGAAGUGAUGUGGGAGUGUCAUAUAUCAAUCUGUUGAUUUCAUUGGUUAAGUUAUAAUAAACCAGCUGCUUGGCCUCAUGGCUGGAACAUAGAUGGGAGGAGUAAACAGAAUAGAAUUCUGGGCGGAAGAGGAAGUGAGGUCAGACUCUGCUCUGCUCCCAGAGAGACCCGACAGCUCUGCUGGAGAAGAGACGCCAUGCUCAGCUCUCCCAGGCAGCUGCAACCCACGAUGGACUUAGGCUAGAAUCUUUCCGAAUGCUUACCGGUCACCUCGAGGCUAAGGAGUCAGUGGAGGCCUACCAUGUUAGAGGACCCGCGUCAGGGAGCAGGGGCCAACCAUGAGAAGGAGAUGGAUGCUACAGCCCAGGUCUCUGGGGAGGACAGCAAACCUGAGAAGCCUGUGGGACUGCAGAAGCAGAUCUGUGACCUUGCAGCAGAGGUCUCAAGACAGGCGUCUUGGUGGUGUGUGGCUCACAGAGACCUCCAAAGCCAGAUCGACGCUCUGAUGAAGGAGAACCAGGAGCUCCGUGAAGAACUGAAGGCCCUGAAGCAGCAGAGUCUUGGGGCCGCAAAAUCUUCUGUAGCCUUGCCGCCCACAGCAAGAGCAACCGAUACUCUGCCUGUGUACAUAAGAAUAGAGGGGAUCGAUUCAGAGAAAACAACAUCAUGGGACGACAGAGACGAUGUCCCUUCCGGAAGUCUUCAAAACGGAAGCACAAUGGCCACUGGAGGAACAGACUCCUUAGAUGAAAGAUUAUCUUUUAUGUCUUUUGAUGAAAAGGUUAUGCACCUGUCUUCCAAGUUUGUGCAAAGGCGCCUUGGCAGGAUAUCACCAGAACCACCAUCGGACACCACAGCUCUGGACACAGAGUCAGUGGCUGAUAUAUGGUCCUCCAACCCAGAGAGUUCUGAAGGUGAGCUUCUCAUGCAGGCUCAAGCAAGCAGGCUCCUCCCUAGUUUUUCCCAGAAUGCACUGUGGCUGCAGAAUCUCAUGGCAAGAUCAGGACCAUCUAAAGAAGUACCACGCUCCAUGAACACCAAGAAGGAUAAGGAGACACAGGAAAAGCGACACCCGAAUGGCAAGGUCGAGCAGGUACUCAGCGACGGGCGAACAAUCAUCACUUUCCCCAACGGAACCAGGAAGGAGAUCAGUGCCGACAAGAAGACGACCCUCGUCAAGUUCUUUAAUGGUGACAUGAAGAAGGUCAAGUCAGACCAGAGAGUGAUUUACUACUAUGCGGAUGCUCAGACGACACACACAACCUACCCGGACGGUGUUGAAGUUGUGCAGUUUCCAAACAAGUGGACUGAAAAAUUCUACCCGGAUGGCUCCAAGGAAACGGUGUUUCCUGAUGGGACCGUGAAGCAGCUUAAGGACGACUGUGAGGAGACUGUGUUCCCUGAUGGGACGUGUGUGACGGUGAAAAGGAAUGGAGACAAAGUCAUCAUGUUCAGCAAUGGACAGAAGGAAAUCCACACAGCCAGGUUCAAGCGGAGGGAAUUCCCAGAUGGCACCACCAAGACUGUGUACUGCAAUGGCUGCCAGGAGACCAAGUAUGCCUCUGGGAGGGUCAGGGUCAAAGACGAGACGGGAGCUGUCAUUCUGGACUGGAAGUAGCGCAUCCACAGACUCAGUGUCAAGCACUAGGUCCCAAUGACUCACGGAGAGGUUCCCCUGGUGAGUCUGAAGAUCGCACACACAUCAGGAGUAGAGGGGCAUCCAAAAAUCAUAAAGAGAAAGACCGUCCAGUCACCAUCUGGGGAAGGAUGCCAAAGCAGCAGUGGCCAGGAACGAGGCUCCCCAGACCAUGGCUCCAGGGUCUGGUCUAGAUGCAGCGUCUCUGUCAGAGGCUGGGCCUGGAGCAGAGGAUGAAAGGGACACAAGCUGGAGCACGGUCAGCCAUGAACAUAGCCAAUGCCUGCCUGCUGUCUACUUCUGUCCCUUUUUAGACUCCUCACGAGUGGGAUUCAGGGGGGUGUAUCUUCACUGGUGCUUAGUGUAUUGAUAGGCAUGAUUUAACCACCUUGAAGUGCCUAGACAGAGCCUCAUGUGGCAUUCUAUCCCAUAAAUUUGAAUUAUGAUCUGUCAAUCAACAAGGACAUGAAUAAAAGCACAAGUAAA